CUAUCACCUGGGAACCGUAGACUCUUCUCCGUAUCAUACGCAAAGAACGCUCAGGCCUCGAGAGCUCCAACAGGUGCAGCGGCGCUCGAGACUGUAGAGAAGGAUGGAGCGCGCAUCUUGCGCGCAGUAGAGAAACGCGUCGCGCUGAGGGACGAACUACUUUCAAAGAUGUCAGAAGACAUGUCCUCGCCAGACGACAUUGCCCGGUUGAAGCAAGCCAAAGAGCUCGAGCCCCUCUGCGAAGCCUGGAGCGAAUACGCCAGCGCCCGAGCCGCCCUCCGCGAGACCAUCCCCCUCCUCUCGGACUCGGACCCAUCCAUGCGCGCCCUCGCCGCCGAAGAAGCCGCCUCGCUCACCGAAACACUCUCAAAUCACAUCUCGACCCGCUUCCCGUCCCUCGUCCUCCCGCGCUCCAGAACAGCACACCUCGGUGCCCUGCUCGAGCUCAAACCCGGCGUCGGCGGAGACGAGGCCGCGCUCUUCGCGGCCGACCUGCUGCGUGUAUAUGCGCGCUUUGCGGGGUCGGUGGGACGUAAGUGGCAGACGGCGGUGCUCGGCGCGGGGAGCAUGACGGACACGGGCGGGGUGAAGGAGGUCACGUUGGAGGUGAGAGGCGCGGGCGCGUACGACGCGCUGAGGUGGGAGAGCGGGGUGCAUCGUGUGCAGCGGGUGCCUGCGACGGAGAGUAAUGGACGGGUGCACACCAGCACAGUUGCGUGUCUGGUCCUGCCGCUCGUUGAAGAAGACGCGUCUCAUGGCGAAGAUGAGCUCUUCUCGAUGGACGACGUCAGGGUCGAAGUCAUGCGAGCUCGCGGUGCUGGCGGCCAGCACGUCAAUAAAACGGAAUCCGCCGUUCGACUGACUCACGUCCCGACGGGCAUAACCGUAUCCAUGCAGGACGAGCGCAGCCAACAUCAGAACCGACGCCGCGCAUUCCAAGUCCUCCGCUCUCGUCUCCUCGACCAGAAAAUAACACGCGACAUUGCAGACCGCCGAGCGGCCCGCCGCUCGCUCGUGCGCACAGUCGACCGGAGCGAGAAGAUUCGCACGUACAACUACGCUCAGGAACGAGUUACCGACCAUCGGAUCGGGCUGUCGAUUAUGAACCUGAGCUCGUUCUUGGAGGGCGAGGCGCUGCAAGUGUUCUUGGACGGGCUCCAGAGGCGCGCGGAUGAGGAGGCAAUGGAGGAAUUGAUGGGGGACAUGGAGAAGAGCUGAUGUGUAGUGGAUCUUACGUGUUGUUCGCGCGCAAUCAUUCGUCG